CGGGAUGCGAAACUGCACGAGACGAAGCACCACAAGACUGACUCAGCAGGGCAGAAGAACUGUGCUUUAGAAACCUUUAUAAAUAUGAUCAGAUGCUAGCGAUCGCAAGCUUUCACGAUGGAGAAGGACCAUCUACCACUCACGCCAAAUGUUGUGAGGGGUUUGAAUGAUAAACUUUACGAAAAACGGAAGACUGCAGCUCUAGAAGUUGAGCGUAUGGUGAAAGAAUUUGUCGCGAACAAUGACGUGAAGCAGAUCAGAAGAUUAACGAUCGUACUGGCCGAAGAGUUCGCCGUAUCRCAUAACAGCCAUGCAAGAAAAGGGGGAUUGAUUGGACUUGCAGCAACAGCUAUCGCCUUAGGCAAGGAUGCGGGACUAUACCUCAAAGAACUUAUACCACCUGUACUGUCCUGCUUCUUUGACCAAGACAGUCGUGUGCGUUAUUAUGCCUGUGAAGCACUAUAUAACAUUGCAAAAGUUGCAAGAGGAUCCGUUAUUCCUUAYUUCAAUGACGUAUUCGAUGGCUUGAGUAAGCUUGCGGCAGAUCCAGAUCCUAAUGUCAAGAAUGGUGCAGAGCUACUGGACAGRCUAGUGAAGGACAUUGUGACAGAGAGCUCAUCAUUUGAUUUGAUAUCUUUCAUGCCGUUGCUAAGAGAAAGGAUCUAUACAAAAAAUCCUUAUGCAAAGCAGUUUCUGGUGUCUUGGCUUAUGGUUCUUGCUUCAGUCCCUGACCUGGACUUGAUAGGCCAUCUGCCUGAAUUUUUAGAUGGAUUAUUUGCGAUAUUUAAGGAUCGCAGUGGAGAGAUAAGAAAAAUGUGUGAAGCGUUGCUUGGGGAGAUCUUACGUGAAAUUAAGAAGUCACCAGAAACUGUUAAUUAUGCUGAGAUGGUCAACAUUCUGGUGCUUCAUUCACAGUCCGAAGAUGAAGUAAUACAAUUCACAGCAUUGACGUGGAUUAAGGAAUUCAUUGCYCUGUCUGGUCGUACCAUGUUACAAUUCAGUGCGGCAAUCAUCCAGUCAGUCCUUCCCUGCAUUUCCUAUGAGCAAGACAAGCUCAACAUCAAAGACGUAGCCACAACAGUAAACCAGUGUUUGAUGCGCUUAAUCACUGAGGACGAUGAUAAAACAAUAGAGACAGGAACUGUGUCCAUGGAGUGUGACGAUAUCACUGUUGUGCAGAUUCAAUUAGAUCUGAGACCUGUUGUGGAGGUUCUUACCAAACAAUUGGCACAUAAAUCAAUUCCAACUAGAAUUGCAAUGCUCAGAUGGGUUUUACAGCUGCAUUUGAAGACACCUAAUAAGCUUUUCCAACACAUCGAAGUAUUAUUUCCGGAAUUAUUAAAAACUCUGUCAGACCCAUCAGAUGAGGUAGUUUUACUGGAUUUAGAAGUUUUAGCUGAGAUUUCAGCAUCAUCUGCUGGACCUCCAAGAGAAAGCCCUCCGUCAAGCAUGAUUUCAUCAAGUUCUCCACCAUCACCAGAAGAAUCCAGCGUACUCCCUCGUCAACUGAACAAAUAUUUUCACAAAUUUAUGCACAGUCUUAUGAUGCUGUUCAGAAAAGAUAGAAAGCUUUUGGAAGAAAGAGGAUCAUUUAUAUUAAGACAAUUAUGCUUGCUGUUAUAUGUAGAAGACAUUUAUAGAUCUCUAUCAGAAAUCCUUCUUCAAGAAGAGGACUUCCAGUUUGCUGCAUUGAUGGUUCGGUAUCUCAACAUGAUAUUGCUGACGUCAGGAGAACUCUUUGAUCUUAGGUUACAGCUGAAGGAGCUUAGCACUGCUGAAAGCUGUUCAUUGUUUUGCUGUUUGUACAAGUCCUGGUGUCAUAAUCCUGUGGCAACAGUUUCUUUAUGCUUGUUAACACAGAACUAUCAUCAUGCUUGUGAUCUUAUCCUGAUAUUUGGUGAUUUAGAAGUGAAUGUAGACUUUUUAGUACAAAUAGACAAGCUUGUUCARCUUAUAGAAUCUCCAAUAUUUACUUAUCUCAGACUCCAGUUAUUGGACACCCAACAUAACUAUUUCUUAUUAAAAUCACUUUAUGGUCUUUUAAUGCUGUUACCUCAAAGUGAUGCAUUCACAACAUUAAGACACAGACUGGACUGUGUACCUAAUGGACGUGUCCUCUCAGAACAAACAUACAGAGAUGAAGCACGACAAGACUUUGAAACUCGAGAACACGUUCAGAGAAUCAACUUUGAGGAUUUGAAACAACAUUUUAUAGCAGUACAGAAAAARCAUAUGGUAACAAAGCAUAGAAAACCAAAGCAUCAACAGCAGAAUCUUCUCAGUGACUAGCUAUAUAGUAAACAAUUAUUGGAUGAGCUUGGAACAUGAUGUGUUAAAUUAUGAAGGCRGGGCCUUGUUAUCUGCCGAAGCCAUAGGGUGAGGCAGAUAAAACAGCUGAGGUCUUUUUAUCUGACUGAGAACCUGCCGAGGUCUUUUUAACUAACUGAGAACCUGUGAAAAUCCUGUGAAAAUUAUCUCAAAAUAUUUUUGAAAUYUCACAGGUUUUUCACUACAGGAUUUCCACAGGUUUUUCAAAAAUCCAGACCUAUGAAAAGGAACUCUUUGGAGGUCUUGAUAAUUUAURAUAUCAUGCGAAACAGAAUUUAAUUAUUGUUUUAUUAUUUCGUAUUUUGUAAAUUGAGAAGAAAGAUAUAAUAUUCUGCUUUGGUUGAACUUGACAUGAUAAAUGUAUUAUCUGCAGGAAAAUCUACAGAUAUUGCAUUUGUUAUGUCAAGUUCACACAAUAUCAUAUUAAAUGAGUUGCAAGCAUUCCCAAGAGUCAAAAGWCAAAAACAUGGCAGCCAUUGUGGUACUGUUAACAAUGGAUGCUAAUGAGAAAUCUUUUGUUAAAUGGCACCAACAUGGCCUCAAUGACGUAAUGUGCAAUCGAAGAAUACUGUKUGUACAGUAGUUGUUUAGUGAAGACAAAGAAUCAUAGGUAAGCUACUAGCAGAGUUAUUAAGAUAAUAGAGCACCAAUGUGUGGUGUUACCAAAUUCCAAAUUUUGCAAUUCAGUUUUGAAAUGUUCAUAUUUUGAGAAAACACAACAUUGCCUACAUUUCUGCCGACUUUAAGGUUGUUGCAUUUAAGCUCCAAAAGUCCCCAUACAACAAUUUCUCUUAUUUUACACUGGAUCCAUUUACCUUAGAUCCAGCAUCAAAUAAGAGAAAAUGUGUGGCGAAUUUUUUGUUGUAAUAAAUCAUCUAAUAUAUAUCUCAGCUAUCUCAGCAUAAUCCUGAUAAUAUACAGAGUUGUUUGCGUCAACUUAGCUUAUUAUAAAAAGGGGCCGAUUUGGGCCAGUCUUUUACAUCAUAUGUUGUUUGAGUUGUCGUGACAACACAGCUAAAUAAGUUGACUUUGGGUGAUGGCCCUAAGAAAACCGGGUAGGAGACUAUAAUGAUUGGUCUGUUCUACUCACGUAGUUAAGUACAACAAUUAAACUUGACACAGUGUUUAGGUUUUCUACUUUUAAAUAAUAAGGAUAAUCAUAGAUAAAUGUUUAAGCCAUUGCUAGAUUUUUUAGGAAAAAAGAACGAUAAAAAACUAGUCGUAAAGCUUUCAACUUUUAAAUUUUCCAUGUCUGAUUCUUGAAAUUGGUUAGURAUAAGUACAGUUACAGUGCUCAGUUUACUAAACUUUAUAUUUAUUUAUCUCACACCAGUGGAAACACAGUCAAUCAGAAUGCCUACAAAUUUCUUGCACACUGAUUGGUUAUUUUUUAUCAUCAAUAAGAGAACAGACAGAUAAAGCUGACGUUUAAUUAAUAGUGUGCACUCUUUUCAUUUUUUUUGUUCUUGUUCUCGUAAAAAAAUAUUAGCAGUUUUUUACUUACCUCUUAUUGAAAAUAAAUUUCAUCACAUUGUCAAAGUAGUAUACGGAUCCACACUACUUUGACAAUGUGAUGAUGCAAUUUAUUGUAAAAAUAGUAUAAAAACUUAUGUUUAUUUGUUAAGUAUUCCACAGUUUCUUCCCACAAGUACUUCUUUAACCAAGUGGGUAGACUCRUAUUUUCAAUGGUGUAGGAUAAAAUAGUUCUACAUCAUUAUAACCAUGCUCUUGUUACUCAUAAUGUAUUAGUACAUUCACCCAAUGGCUCAUGUCUAUACUAGUAUACAAGUGCUUCAAGUGGUAUAUUACAUGGUGUGCUGCUUAAAACCAUUGUAUAACUAGUAUAUAGUAAAUAUAGUAGACUGCAGAGAAAAAGGGGCCGGGCUUGGAGGUAUAGUCCAUAUGAUGACCAAUAAAUUUUCAUUAUUCUUUCUUCACUAUUGAUCACACCAAAACAACAAUGUAAUGUGGCCUGAGCCUCACUUCUGAGGUCAGUAAACAAAAGCAGAAAUUUAAUAGAAUAACAAAAUAAGCUACUCCUGGAUUUGAUGCUGUUAGUCCACAUACACUGGAGUUUUAAGAGACGGCAAUAUUUUMAAAUCUACGCCCGGCCCUCCCCCACCACAUAAACACACAUGGUUGAUCAGUAGCUUUGGUCCUUGUUAUCUAUUCCUCACAUUUUCUAAAGUUUAAAAUGUUUUGACUAAAGUCUUUUCUAUAUUUUCUCAAAAUAUGCCUAUGAAAGUCAAGAUUAUGAUGAACUGUCAAUAGGUUGAUGAAUAUUAGUUUAGUCGAUCAAGAUGRCGUGGUAAUUGAAAAUAUAUAAAUAUAUAUAUCUUAUAGUUUUAAAAAAUUAUAAGAUUUUGUCUUUUAGAUUAUUGAUCAAUUAGACUACUUAGUAAAGUACUUGAUAAGAAAAAUAAAUAAAUAAAUAAUACUUUAAAAUUUAUAUUUCUCAUUCAAUAUUAGACAAUUAUUGGAUUAGGUUGAGCAUGUUAUAGACCCCUUGCGGCAUGUCAGAAUGCAGCUCAAUCUGGGGACAAAACAAUAUGUCGCAAUUCUCAGGAGAUUGGAAUUCUUCUGUUUUUUAAAAGGAUCUAUAAUAAAUUAUUAUGACUUGAGGUCACAGCUGCUGAAGCCAAA